AUGCAUGUUAUGAAUUGUGUCUCCUUGGUCAGUGAUAAAGAAAAUGGGACUAUCACCACAGCAGCUGGAUUCAUGAUUGGGCAGACGCCACCUCCAGCAUCUCCUCCACCUCCUCCUCCACCCCCCCCACCUCCACCAUGUCCACAUUUAGGGGAAGGAUUUCCUCCCUCUCCUCCUCCGCCCCUACCACCUCCACUACCUGGGGGGCCUCCUGUCCCACCUCCCCCUCCAGGACUACCUCCAACUUCUCACAUGAACGGCUACAGCCACCUUGGUAAGAAAAAGCGGAUGAGAAGCUUUUUUUGGAAAACCAUUCCAGAGGAGCAAGUUCGUGGCAAAACCAACAUCUGGACCCUGGCAGCCAGUCAGCAGCAUCACUACCAAAUUGAUACAAAGACUAUCGAGGAGCUCUUUGGGCAGCAAGAAGACCCCAGCAAGUCUUCCCUUUCUAGGAGAGGAGGAACUUUAAACUCAUCCUUCAAGGAUACUCGAGAAGAGAUUACUAUCUUGGAUGCAAAACGGAGCAUGAACAUUGGGAUAUUUCUUAAACAAUUCAAGAAGUCUCCUCAGUCCAUUGUAGAAGAUAUUCAUCAAGGAAAGAUUGAGCAUUAUGGAUCAGAGACACUACGAGAAUUUCUUAAGCUUUUACCAGAGUCUGAAGAGGUAAAGAAAUUAAAAACAUUUAGUGGAGAUGUGUCCAAGCUGUCCCUGGCUGACUCCUUUUUGCACUGCUUAAUUCAGGUGCCAAACUAUUCACUUCGGAUUGAAGCCAUGGUGCUGAAGAAGGAGUUUUUACCUUCUUGUUCUUCUCUAUACACAGAUAUAACAAUUUUAAGAACUGCUAUAAAAGAGCUGAUGUCCUGUGAGGAGCUACAUUCGAUAUUGCACUUGGUGCUCCAGGCUGGGAAUAUCAUGAAUGCAGGAGGGUAUGCUGGCAAUGCAGUAGGAUUUAAACUGUCUUCUUUGCUCAAAUUGGCAGACACAAAAGCAAAUAAACCUGGGAUGGAUCUUCUGCACUUUGUUGCACAGGAAGCCCAAAAGAAAGAUGCCAUUCUUCUAACGUUUUCAGAAAAAUUACAUCAUGUUCAGGAGGCUGCUAGAUUAUCUCUGGAUAACACAGAGGCAGAGUUGCACUCACUGUUUGUCAGGACACGAUCACUAAAGGAAAACAUCCAGCGGGAUGGUGAACUCUGUCAGCAGAUGGAAGAUUUCCUUCAGUUUGCCAUAGAGAAGCUGACAGAACUGGAACACUGGAAACGAGAACUCCAGGAUGAGGCCCACACCCUUAUAGAUUUUUUCUGUGAAGACAAAGAAACCAUGAAACUGGAUGAAUGUCUGCAGAUAUUUAGAGACUUCUGUACCAAAUUCAACAAAGCAGUUAAGGACAACCACGACCGUGCCAUCCAGGAGCUGAGGCAGCUGCAGCGGCUGAAGGAGCUGGAGCAGAAGCGGCGCUCCUGGGCAGUCGGGGAGCUUGGGGGCUUUGGCCGGAGCAGCAGUGAGAGCGACGUGCUGCUGCUGACCCAGAAGGGUGCGGAAGACCUGCUCCCUUUCCUGCACCCCAGGCCCAUCAGCCCUUCAUAUAGGCCCCCCAACUCCCGCCGCUCGCGCCUCUCCCUGGGCGUCUCUGCCGACCGGGAACUGCUGACCUUCUUGGAGAGCUCCACCAGCAGCCCCGAGGACAACAGCAGGUUCAACAGCCUGCCCCGGAGCAGCAGCCCUGGGCAGAACCGGCCCACACUAGCCUGGAUGGAGCCUGCAGAGCCGAGGGACCCCAACUCCGACUUUGGGCGCAAACCUCAGGCCUCCGAGGGCCGGGAGAAAGCCCCACUUGCGGCUACCCAACGUGAGGAGGCCGCCGGGGCCUCCCCGCGGGCUGCGCGCGGGGGUUACAGUCUACUGCGAAAGAGGUACAGUGAGCCUGUGGGCUUGGGUCAGGCUCGGUCCCCUCCGCUCCCACCGCUGGCUCUGGGGAUCAAGGAGCAUGAGCUGGUGACUGGGCUGGCCCAGUUCAAUUUCCAGGGUCCCAAGAUUCCGGAGGAGACGUCCCGGCUGACCUCGAACGACUUCAGCCCAGCGGAGAUAGGGUCUCCGGGGGAUGAGCGCCCCCAAACCCUCAGUGCCGGCCACCAGGGCGCUCUCAGCUUGGCCCCUGAGGAACCUGGCGAUUCGGCCCUAGUGUCUGCGGGCAGCAGCGACCCUGACAACAAAGAUCCUGGGCCUGUGUUCUACCUGUCGGACACCACAGACUGCUCGCUAACCCUGGACUGCUCGGAGGGGACCGACCCCAGACCCGCGGCGGGUGAGCGGGAGGGAGGGGGCGAAGGGGACGGCUCGGUGUCCUCCGGGGCUGCGGAGGCCGGCAGCAGCCAGGUCUCCUCUCGUGCAGCCUCCAGCCCCCCUGCGGAGGCUCCUGACCCGGUCUCGGAGAAGAGCGAGCCCAGCUGCGAGGCUGGCCUUCCCAGGGACAGCCCCGCCAAAGGCAAGGAUGUUACAACGCCGAAGAGAAGCUCCCUCCGAGAGGCGCCCGCGGGGGCCCCCAAGCCGGGUGGCAUCCGGCGGGGCCAGGUCCCUGCGCCCCGGCCGGUGCGGACGCUGACAGCGUCGGAGAGCGCGACCAUGCGCAAGGUCGUGCCGCUCUCCAAGACCGGCCGGGCCCUGGGCGGCUGGAAGCGGCCGGAGCCGCAGGGCCGGGCACCCCCCGGGGACGCCCCCGGCGGCACAGACACGCUGUGGUCGCGCCGGAGCUCAGUGAGGGGCACCAAGGACACGUCCCCCAGGAGGCCCUCCGCGGGGACCCGGGUAGCCCCCGAGGAGCAGAGGCCGCCGCGCGGGGGCGGCGCGAUCAGCGCCCGGCAGGGGAAGGAGCCACAGCUGCAGCGCGGGGGCUCCCUCAGGAAGCCCAGCGCCAAGCCCCUCAGGAACGUCCCCAGACCGAAGCCAGAGGAAGACAAGAUCUGCCGCUCCCACUCCCAGGACCCUGAAAGUCCGGAAGAACAGCCCAAGACGCCUCCGGCCCCCAGCGUCCCUCGGGUCCCGCCCCCUGUCCCGAGCUUUGCCCGAAACACCGUGGCCUCCUCAUCCCGGAGCAUGAGAACGGAUACCCCUCCUGCGGCCCGAGCCCCUGGCAUCACCCGAACACUGUCGCAGCGGCAGCUGAGGGUGAAGGGUGGCCCCGAGGACGCCGCCCUCAAGGACAGCGGAACCCCGAAGCGGGCCAGCAGCGUCCGGGCCCCCAGGAAGUGCCCGGAGCCUGCUGAAGGCCCCGGUGCCCACACGGAGGCCUCUCCGAAGGGCAGAGGGGCUGGGGAUAGAGCCUCCCUCAGACUGAAGGACUCUGAUCGGACCACUCUGGGGAAAAUCCUCAGUCCCUUGCGAAAAUGA